AUGCGCUUUCGCGAGAAGAGGCGUCGCGAACAAGAUGAAGGGGACAACGUCGGCGAGAACAUGCCGCCGGAAGUCGUUGGCCUGCGUGACCGCAUCGUACAUUUCACGUGGCCUUGGUUUGCAGCAACGAUGUCCACGGGAGCCCUUGCAGUCGUGUUAGGCAACACUCCAAAUCGUUUCCGAGGACUGCAGACCAUCGGCGAAAUAGUGUUCAUAGUCGACAUUGUAAUGUUUCUUCUCUUUAAUGGAUUGAUGGCAACACGCUUCAUCCUCAUUCCCCGGAAGUUCACGGCUUCGCUUCAUCACCCUGUCGAGGGACUUUUCUAUGGCACAUACUUCGUUUCGGCCGCCUUGAUCUUGAACUGCUCGUACAUAUAUGGCAAUGGCAAAACCGGGCCGUGGCUCACGACCGCGCUUGGAAUCUGCUUCUGGAUUUACUGUGCCAUUGCUUUCUGCGUCGGCGUAGCUCAAUACUCCAUGUUCUUCCGUCUUGAGCGCCUGAAUGUAACGGACGCCGUGCCUGCGUGGAUAUUCCCAAUAUAUCCCCUGUUGGUGGUUGGAACUCUAGCAGGUACCAUACUACCAGCCCAACCAGAGCAGGCAAGCUGGGAAAUCUUUAUCGGAGGUAUCAUUCUUCAAGGACUUGCUUGGGUAGUGUCUUUUCUCAUGUAUGGUAUCUACAUGCAGCGCCUGAUGACGGGUUGUUUACCUUCACCCUCUGUCCGUCCUGGCAUGUAUGUGUCGGUAGGACCAGCAGGAUACACUGCCGCAGGCCUAAUCUCUCUCGCAAACCAAGCACCAACGUUCAUCCCUGCAAACUUCUGGACAAACAACGCGAUCCCAGACGGAGAUGUUAUCCGUAUCAUGGGCAUUAUGUCCGGUCUGUUCAUCAUUCUCUUCGCGUACUGGUUCUUCGCCAUCACCACCGUUGCCGUCUUAGCAGGAGUCCGCAAGAUGUCUUUCUCGUUGAACUGGUGGGCCUUCAUCUUUCCAAACGCUGGACUCACUCUUGCAACCAUUCAGGCUGCGAAAGCGUUGAAGAGCGAUGUUUUAAAUGGAGUUGCUAGCGCCCUGACCAUUCUUCUGGUCAUCAUGUGGGUGGUCACAGCUAUUGCCUGCAUCCGUGCAGUUUACCUUGGGGAUGUGAUGUGGCCUGGUAAAGACGAAGACAAGACAAUGAAGGAAAUGGCUUGGGGAUGGAAGGACAUGAGGAAAAGCCCACACGCCCAAAAGAUAGAGCCGUAA